AUGUAUUCAACAAGAGAGCUGGAUGAUUUGCAGUACAGAUACUACUUUGAAAUGAAAGAUGGCACUCGCAAGGUCAAGAUCUCUGACUCCCUCUUCAGGUGUCCCUUCUGCUACAUAGACCACAAGCGUGAUUACAACUUUGACGACUUGCUUCGUCAUGCUUACAACUUUAGAGGUAGUUCCCGCACUAAGGAUGGGCGAGAAGUAGCUAGACAUCUUGCACUUGAGAGAUACAUGAAGAAGUAUCUCCUCCCUCUUGAAAGACCACUUGGUACUGCUGCUGAACCAAUGUCUGUCUCAGGAGAGGUUGGUGGACAAAGUGGUGAAGAAAGACAGAUGUUGUCUCCUAAACCGAACUCCUCUUUGAGCAACCAAGACAAUACAUACCCUUCCAAGAGAGCUUGCCUCACUGCUGGUGCUAAAGAAGGAGAAGAACCUGUCCAACAGAUUGCUCCUCAGAGUGGUGAUCAUUUGGCUGGUGGCGGUAAUGAUGAUCUGAUGUUUGUGUAUCCAUGGAAAGGGAUCGUGGCCAACAUGAAUAGAACAUUUGAUGAAAAAACAAGGAAGUUUGCUGGGGAGAGUGGAAGCAAGUUAAGAGGAGAACUAGUUAGCAAAGGGUUUAAUCUCCACAAAGUGGAGCCACUAUGGAACAACCGAGUUGGUUUUACUGGUUUUGCUUUUAUUCACUUUGGUAGAGACUGGGAAGCUUUCAGAAACGCCACCCUGUUUGAGAAUCACUUUGAAGUCAAUCAAUGUGGGAAGAGAGAGUUUGUUUCUGCACGUGACUGUGACCGUGGUGAUGAGCUUUAUGGUUGGUUAGCGAAAAAGGAGGACUACUAUUCUAAAACUGUGGUUGGUGAACAACUUAGGAGACAGAAACAAGGGGACUUGGUGACUCUUUCUGGUCAAGAGGCAGAACUACGAAGAAGGACAAAGACGCUUGUCUCGGACUUGGAAAACACAUUGGAGACAAGAAACAAUGACCUUGAAGAAAUAGAGAGCAAAUACAAAGAAGCUAGUACAGCGCUUGAGAAGAGUAUGAAGGAGAAGGAUGAAAUGAUCAACGCACAUAAUGAAAAAAUGAAUAAAAUGCAGCGAACGGUGCGUGACUAUUUGGCGAGUAUCUAUAGUGAACAUGAAAAGGCAGCUCAGGAUCUGGAAAAGAAGAGGAGAGAGUUUGAAGAGAGGGAGAGAUAUCUUGAUGAAUGUCAAUCAUUGAAUAAUUUUGAGCGACAAAAGCUUCAGUGGCAAAAACAGAAGAACUUAAUGGCUACUGAAGAGCAAAACAAAGCUGAUGAAGAAAUGAUGAGAUUGGCAAAACAGCAACAGAGGGAGAAAGAUGAGUUACAUAAGAAAGUGCAAGAUCUGGAGAAAAAACUGGAUGAUGAUCUGGCAUUGGAGCUAGAGAUAGAGCGCCUGAGAGGUGGCCUGCAGGUGAUGGGACACAUGAAAGAUAUGAAGGAAGAGAUAGAAAAGACUAAAGAAAAACUCAAGGAGAAAGAAGAGGAGUCUGAAUACCAAGAGUCACUCAAUCAAGCUCUUGUUGUUAAAUAUGGCUACACUAAUGAUGAGCUUCAAGAUGCUCGCAAGGCUUUGAUCAAAUCAAUGAAUGAGUUGAUGUCAGUACGUGCUCAGAUAUCUGUGAAGAGAAUGGGAGAAUUGGAUGAGAAACCGUUUCAGAAACUAGCUAAGGAGAGAUAUCCAGCAGAAGAAGCUGAUGUGGAAGCUGCAAAGCUUUGUUCCUUAUGGGACGACCACUUGAGCGACUCUGCUUGGUAUCCGAUUAAGAUGGUCUUAAUAGAUGGAAUCCACAAGGAGGUGCUGAAUGAAGAAGAUGAGAAGCUGCAGGAACUGAAGAGAGAGCUGGGUGAUGAAGUGUUUAAAGCUGUGACACAAGCGCUUAUGGAAAGGAACGAGUACAAUGGAAGUGGAAGGUACAUAGUGCCUGAGCUUUGGAACUUCAAAGAAGGAAGAAAAGCAACUCUCAAAGAAGGUGUGGUUUGUCUGAUGGACUUGUGGAAACACCUCAAGCCAAAGCCGAAGAAGCGUAAGUAA